GAGUCUCUCUGUCAAGGAGGUCUCUUCCCCUUUUUCUAGUUUACCUUCUAUGGAAUGGAAGACCUUAGACCUUGUUUCUCGAAAGCAAGAGACCCACAAAAAAAAUAGUUAUUAGACCGAUUUAUAAGGUGUCUCCUUAUAAUGAAUUUAUCUUGAGUGAGAGAUAGGGCUGAGUGAGAGGAGCAUCGAUCUCAAGCUGAUCAACUCUUAAUCUUUUUUGCUUCUUCAUGGCAUUGUCUAAUGAUGUCCGCGUUCCUUGCACUGGAAAAAUGCACAGGUCGCUGCCACUUCUUCAACGGUUAGCUCUCUUCUCAUUGGUUGUACUGUUCUUCCUCCAUACCUGCUGCUAUGGUGAUGUUGGCACUGCAGCCCGAUAUGCUCCCCCAUAUUUGCCCACAACAUGUUAUGGAUCCGAUACAUCUGAAUUUCCAUCCAGCAAUUUGUUCGCGGUAUCUGGUGAUGGAAUAUGGGACAAUGGUGCAGCAUGUGGGAGGCAGUACUUGGUGAGGUGCAUCAGUGCUUCAAUACGAGAUGCUUGUUCAGCAAACCAGACUAUUCAGAUCAAGAUUGUUGAUUAUAUUAAUGGAAUACCUUCUCCCCCUUCAGCUCAAAACACCACCAUGGUUUUGUCUUCCACAGCUUUUGCGGCCAUUGCUAAUUUAACCACUAAUUCUCCCGCUAUCAACAUUGAAUUUCAACAGGUCUGAUAUGUGGGAAAUAGCAAGACUUGGAUAUCAAUUCGUAUUGAGCUUUGAUUUGUUGGAUCGAGUUCUAAAUAAAGUCCUUUUUGAGGGUGCUAUACGGAAGUUUGAAGAAGAGUGAUUUUUUUCUCCUUUUUUUUUUUGAUAUAUUUUUUUUAUGGAAAGAAAUUUCUCCCUUUGUAUUAUGUAUAGGCCCCAAUCUAUGUAUUUGUAAGCAAUAGCUA